GUCACUGUUCUUUCUUCAUGUUUGUUUGUCGAAUUAUGAAGUGACUAUGCAUGUGCAACGUACCCACUGUCAUUAUUUCUCUGUCUUUUCUCUGAUUUUUCUUCAUGGUUGCUUGUUGAAUUAUGAAGUGACUAUGCAUGUGCAACGUACCCACUGGUGCCCCGUUGGCAUGAAAGACUUGGUCAGUAUUUUCAAUGCCCAGGCAUUCUUGUUUUGAAAGAUGGUUGGGAAGAUGGUUGAAACAGGCGCAUUGUUGUGGUGGUGAGCGUUUUAAUCAUUAGGAAUGAACAAUUGUUUUUCUACUGUCAUGCCUGGUCUUUGACGGAAAAAGAGUCGCUGUAUAUUUGCAGCUAGGCCCAGAUAGAAGUAUAUCUUUUUCUGCUAAUUAAACGGUUAUUAGUUGAACAGCCCUGUGAGAUGGGACUUUGUGAUCCCAGAAUUUUACUGGGAACUUCUGUUUUACUGCAACCAUCGUAUGGUAUCUGUUUAAACAAUUUCUGGGUUUGCAACAGAACAUUCAGUGCCAUUUGUAGUGUUCUAACAUUCUGCCAAUCUGAUUGAGUGGUUAAUGCUCUUUCGAGCGAUGGAUGGUAGAUUGAAGUGGAGGACUACUAAAACGGAUAGGUAGCUUUCGCUAAAGAAAACAUUUACAAACUCAAUCUUGAGAUCCAAGCAGACAAACUUUUGUUCAGCUCAAAUGUAUCUUCGUGAAGGCAAAAUUCACUUUAGUAUAGAACAAUGUUCUCUGCUGAGAAAGAAGAUGGAAUCGCCCUUUUUUGAAUGAAAUCUUACUUACAGUAGCAUCUAAUCAAAGCCAUCUGAUUCGCUACAAAGGGAUUCGAAGGUGAUUCCAAAGGAUGGAGAGAACGUUUCAUGACACAUCCCAAUCCUAUGCAAAAGCCAAAGAAAGGAAUUGCUUCUUCAUGAGGCCUAUCAGGCUAAAAGGAAAUGCUAAACCCAGAAGGGUCAUAUUGCGGCUGAGAAAUUCAUUGAAGCAACGUAACACUAUCUACACAAUUUUCCUCAUACUUCCAAGAAUCUUAGAAACUGCCAUAUGUAGGGGCUUACUACAGCCUCAUCAACCUAUCUGUCCAACCCACCCUUUCUAGAAAAUCUCUGUAAAGUAAAGAACUUAGCAAGUACAAUGCAAACGAAGUCAUCCGACCUCUUGAAAGGUCUCUUCCUCGUCUUCUUCGGUUUCUUCUUUUCUUGCUCCAACUCUUGCACGUUCACCGUAACAAACAACUGCCCCCAUACCAUAUGGCCCGGGACACUCGCAGGAGCCGGGACACCGCAACUUCCGACAACUGGGUUCAGGCUAGACUCUGGCCAGAGCAUCCAGAUCCCAUCCGUUCCAGGAUGGUCCGGGAGGAUAUGGGCAAGGACUGGUUGUACAUUCGACGAGUCGGGUGCAGGGACAUGCCAAACCGGAGAUUGCGCGGGAAGAUUGCAGUGCGGCGGUAGUGCCGCAGCCCCUCCAGCUUCGCUAUUCGAGAUCACCCUCGGUUUAGGCAAUGACAAAGACUUCUAUGAUGUAAGCAUAGUCGACGGCUAUAAUUUGCCCCUUGUUGCGGUGCCACAAGGAGUAUAUGGCUCCUGUAAUGCCACUGGUUGCGUUUCAGAUAUAAACAUGGGUUGUCCGAAGGAGCUUCAAGUAGUCGGUGGCGAGGGAGGAGACGGAGGAGUUGUCGCAUGCAAGAGCGCAUGCGGGGCAUUUGGGCUAGAUGAGUAUUGCUGCAGCGGGGAAUUUGCUAACCCGACGACCUGUCGCCCCUCGUUCUAUUCCACCAUCUUCAAGAGAGCUUGCCCGAGGGCUUAUAGCUACGCUUUUGAUGACGGCACAAGUACCUUCACCUGCAAGGCUUAUACCUAUGCGAUCAUUUUCUGCCCCAACUCCAAUGGAUCCUCGACGUGGACGCUGCAGGGCAAAGAGACCUGAUAGCGCAUCGACACCCCCUGCAGUAAAAAGCACUAAAAGAAAAGUAGCAAGACCGUGGCGAUGACUUCCAGCUCUAGUGUCCUCCUGCCAUUUGCAAUAUCGAUUUUCUUCCCAAUCCUCGUUCUACUUUAUUUGAAUCUACCUGAUCAGAGUAUAGUCUAGACGAUCAUAGCAUACCUGCUGAGAACUUUUAUAGUGCCUGAGCAAAUACGAUACCCGAGUACACCGAAGACUAGGAAGAGAGGUAAUAAAGAACCAUUUCGAGAUGAAAAUUGGGAUUGCAGAAGGAAGUGUUCACUGCAGGGACCAGUAUAGUCUAUUCUAUAGGCAGAAAAGAAGAAAAGAAGGAUCGCCAUAGUCCAUUAUUUAUAAAGCAUAUUGCCCUAAGCCCUCGUGCUAGUUCUUCAUUAUUACAGCUUCCAAUUAGAACACAGAAGUUUAGACAAGCUAUGUAAAGCUUCUUGUGGAGUAUUUGGCAUGUAUAUUGCAAAAACAAGUUCCUCUUACCAUUCUGAAUUUGUCAUCCAGUUGAAAUCCA